AUGUCUACAACAGAAACCACCACCACUAAAACCACCAUAACUGAUUCCUCCUACAUCCCUCGUGGUCCAACGACCGCUUCCCUAACCUUCUACAAACCACCAUCCGACAACUCGGCCCCCUUCAACUACGUUGGAGGACCACCAGCAGGUCAACCGCAAUACAACUUCGGUGAAAACGAACAAAAAGUCCCUAUAUCCGAUAUCCGCGGAUCAGAAAACAACUAUACCCUUGACAAAGAUUCCUUCCAAGCCCUCCAAAACAUUUCCUCCGCAACAACGUACAAAACUUUCGACUCGGACACCCUGGUCCAUCAAAUCUACUACCCAGAAGUCGAAGCCCUCCUCCUAAAUACGAUCCCCGGCGCCCACAAAAUCGUCCUAUUCGACCACACAAUCCGCCGCGGCACAGACUCCGCUGCCCGCAAACCAGUCACCCGCGUCCAUGUCGAUCAGACUCCACGCGCAGCAGCUGAUCGGGUCCGUCUCCACAUCUCUGAUCCAGAGGAAGCCGAGACUCUCCUCAAAGGCCGGUACCGUAUCGUGAAUGUCUGGCGUCCGCUUAGUGACGAGCCGGUGCAGUCUUCUCCGUUAGCGUUUGCGUCUGCGGCGUCGGUGGAUGAAAAUGAUCUUGUGCCUGUUCAACAUCGGUAUCCCGAUCGGACGGGGGAGACUAUGGGGGUUAAAUAUAAUAGUGGACAGAGGUGGACUUAUUGGUCUGGUAUGACUGGUAGUGAGAGGUUGUUGCUGAAGUGUUCGGAUUCGAAGGGGUUGAGGGAUGGGGAUGUUUCGCAGUGGGUGCCUCAUACAGCGUUUUGGGAUGAGAGGACACCCGUUGGGGCGAGGAUUCGGGAGAGUAUUGAAGUUCGCGCUUUGGUUUUUGGAUAA